CAUUAAUGUCAAGUAUGAAUGAAUGUAAACAUACUUAGAUACAUGCCGUUUGGGGGUAAGACAUAUGAAUGCUGUAGUGAGAAUUUUGAGCUGUAUUUUGUUCCAUUUCGAAAUUAGUUAAAAUGUAAAUUAGUUUAAUAACUGAGGGGUAUAUUUGUUCGAUGAUAGAACUAUCGCUGAAUAGCAAGCUAGCUGUUAUAAUUAGUUGAUAAUAGCUAGUUAGAUGAUAUAGCUAGAUUAGCUAAUUUACACUGAAUUGGCUUGAUUUGAACUACAUGGAAGUUCGCAGUUUGUAGACUUUAAUGACUUAAAGCUACUACGUUUUUGUUUAAGAAUUUGACGCUCAGUGCCAGUAUGUAUAUUUAGACAGGCUACUUGAUAACUAGCUACUUCACGUUACGUUACAGACUUUGGUGUAGUCUUAACUUUUAGUGCCUUAUCCAUAUAAUGUUUCACUUUUUAAGUGUGUAGCUAUAAUAGUAAUACCAUCCUGGUAAAUGUUGCUCAAAUAUAAAUUUUUUACAAGUUUAUAACAGUAACUGAUGAUAGAGUUCCAUAAAACUGCCAAGGCUACAUCAAAAUGGCUGCAUUUUGGGCAAAAAACAUUUUCAGAUGCCUUAGAUGCACCAUUAAUAGAGUCUCGGUGUCUGUUCAAGUUAUGCCACGCAGGACUUUAAUUGUUAAACAAGGUCACAUUGUCUCUCAAAUCCCCAAAGUUGCACUGCUGUGUUGGGGGCUGAGCAGGGUUACUCAGGCCUCAGCGGAGGCUGAACUUCCCCAGAAGACCUCUGAGAAGAACUUUGUUGCCAAAGUGCAGAUACAUAGAUUUGUAUUCGCCUCACGAUUGGGUGUCCGUGCCUUGGUGCUCUUGCUCAAAUUCAGCCCUCUCUUGCUGCUAUACCCCCUGAGCCUGCUCUUCAAGAGCUGGUCCUCCUAUUGGCUAGAUGCCCUGCUGUGGGUCACAGAAACCUCUGGGCCAACGUUCAUCAAACUUGGCCAGUGGGCCAGUACAAGACGAGACAUUUUUUCACAGGAGUUCUGUGAUCGUUUUUCCCAUCUCCACGUGAGGGUGAAGCCCCACCCCUGGGCCCACACUAAGCAGUGCCUGCGGCGCGCCUUUGGGGAGGGCUGGAGACAGCUGUUUGUGUUUGACAGUAAGGAGCCUGUGGGCUCAGGCUGCGUGGCACAGGUGUACCAGGCCAAGGCUCGUGUGGCAAGUGUGGAGGACAUAGCUUUCCAGCAGCUUGUGGAGAGCCUGGAGAAAGAUGAUCUACUGGAAGCUUGGGAGAUCUCAGGACUUGGAGGAGCUUGGGGUCAGUGGUGGGGGCCAGAGAAGGGAGAGAUGUCAGAGACCCAGGAGAGUAAUUCUGCAGAGCUUUUACACAGUCAUGGCAAAUACACAGAAGAGGAGUGUCUCAUACCUGUGGCAAUUAAGGUGCUUCAUCCUGGCAUCAGGAGGCAGGUUCAGAUGGACCUGAUUCUAAUGAAGGCAGGGAGCAUUCUUAUUAGCUAUUUACCUGGCCUCAAGUGGCUCAGUCUCCCUGAGGUGGUUGAUGAAUUUGAGAAACUCAUGACUAAACAGAUAGACCUUCGUUUUGAAGCAAAGAAUAUGGAAAGGUUCAAGAAUAACUUCAAGGACUUUGAAUGUGUUAAAUUUCCAACACCACUAAGACCUUUUGUCACAAGGACAGUCCUGGUGGAGACAUACGAGGAGAGUGAACCCAUUUCCACCUACCUCAGAUCUGAGGUUCCUGUGGCCAUGAAGCAGAGAAUUGCACGGAUGGGGGUGGACACUUUGCUGAAAAUGGUGUUUGUGGAUAACUUUGUCCAUGCGGAUCUCCACCCAGGGAAUAUCCUGGUGCAGUGUGGUGAGGGAGACGGGCCCCAGGUUAGGCCCACUCUAACAGACCUUUGUGACACAGUGGUGGUCAGUAUGCGGCCGAUGCCUCCUCCACUUCAGCUGAUACUGCUGGACGCUGGGAUCGUGGCCCAGCUCAGUGAGGCAGACCUGCGCAACCUCAGAGCUGUUUUCACUGCUGUUGUACUUAGACAGGGUGAACGUGUGGCAGAACUGAUCCUGAAUCAAGCCAGGGCUAGUGAAUGUAAGGAUGUAGCAAGCUUCAAAAGGGAAAUGGCUGAGCUUGUGAACCACACCCUCAGCAACACACUGUCUCUGGGAAAGGUUCAGGUGGCAGAAUUACUGUCCCGUGUGUUUGGAUUACUCAUCCACCACAAGGUGAAGCUAGAAAGUAAUUUUGCCUCCAUUGUGUUUGCCAUCAUGGUGUUGGAAGGCUUGGGCAGGUCCCUGGACCCUAACCUGGACCUUCUGGAAAUCGCCAAGCCUCUGCUGCUAAAGAACUGUGCCUCUCUUCUCUCCUGAGCUCCAGCACAGUAGUGGAAGCCCUAAUGCACAGUGAAACAGUUUGGGUUCAAUGUACAAAGUUCCUUUAGCUUUGACAAAUGAUCAACCAAUAUCUGAUUUGUUGUUAAUGUCUGAAAGCCACACCUCAAACAGAGAAUUAAUGGAAAUUAUUCCAUUACAAGAAGGUGCAACUAAUGGGACUUCAGAUUUACUUCAGUGAGUCCCUCGACUCUUUGCAUCCAAAACAACUAAUGACCUCAAUCUUCUAACUGUAGGAGAGAUAGACAAUUGAGUAAGGCAUAUAAACGCUUUGUAGCUGAUUCAGAAAACAAAUUAAGCAUUUUUGAUAAUAGAAUGCAUCAGAUGUAGCUGUUAGAAAUGGUACCGAUUUGAAACCUUUACAGAUUCCAUGGUUUAUGCAUGUUGCUUUAACAAUACAAUGAAAAAAGAGGCCCAUACACUCUUACCAACUCUGGUUAGCAAAUUACUAUUGACCUUAUUAAGGGUACAUAUCCAGCAUGGCGUAAUACUGUUUCAUAUAUGGGGAGGUGUUUGUGUGGGAUUUUCUUUUUCAACUGACCCCCACUUUUAUUGUAGGGAAUCUUAGGAAUAAGAUAUAAAUGUUUUCAGCAGCCUACUUUAUUUUACAUUUGCGGCUCUUAUGCAUGAUUAUUUUACCUUCAUUUUGUCUUUUGCAAAAUUUGUCAUAAAACGUUUAGAGUAUGAGUUUUAUAAUCCUGUCUAUGUAUUGAAUAAUAUUGAUGUGCUUGAUUUACAUGUUUUGUCUUUGUUGUUCAAAGAUAAAUUUAUUUCCAAAUCUUUAUUUUAUUGCUGAAUGUCAUGCACCAAUACCUACUACCUCUGCAUGUUUUAGGAGGCUGUAAAUUUAGAUUGGGAUUUUAAUUUAUAUUACCAUGGGUGAGAGAAGGAUAUUUUUGUUGUGGUUUCUUACAGUAAUCAUUUGUGUGUUUAUAAUUAAACUGUUCAUAAUAUCA